AUGGCAACCAUCUUAAGGAGACUUGUUGACCCCGGCUACGCAGCUGUCAUGAUAGCCUUCUGUCCUCUUGUUACCGCACUUGCUGUCACUGGUUCGAGUGGCGCGAAAAUGAAGCACAAUAUGAACCUCCUCCUCAUGCGAAAAGACGUCCCGCAGUCGAGGACCGCGAUGCAGGUGUUGGAGAGUAGGGGGGAGAGGAGGUUCGACGAGUUUUAUGUUUAUGAUUAG